UUGUAGUUUAAACCUCCUCUGUCCUGACUGUCAUCAGGAGAAACAUCAUGACGCAGAGAAAAGACUGUCCAAACUCACACAGCAGCUCCCAGAGCAAGAGGCAGUCCGGAAACUUGGUGUCGCAGGAAGAAGAUGACGACUCGACGUUCACUCAGCCGAGUACGCUGCAGGUCCAGAGAGGACUGGAGAAGCUCACGACUGCACAGGUGGACCAGAAGACGGCGGAGGUGGUGCAGUACUUCUUGGUGAAGGACCAGAAGAAGAUUCCUGUGCGGCGAGCAGACCUCGUGAAACACGUGGUGAAGGACUACAGGAACAUCUACCCAGAGAUCAUCAAGAGAGCGGCACGAGUCUUUGACCAGGUGUUUGGCCUCAAACUGGUGGAAAUCGAUGCCAAGAAUCACAUGUACAUACUCAUCAAUAAGUUGGAGAAGGUUGACGGAGCUUCGCCGAUCAAGAGCCCGGCCAAUCCGAAGAUGGGUCUGCUGUUUGUGAUCCUCGGGGUCAUCUUCAUGAAAGGAGGCGUCGUCAGAGAAAACCUCAUCUGGAAUACUCUGAAGAAACUCCGCGUGGACUCCGGAGAGAAACACGAAGAGUUUGGAGACGUGAAGAAGGUGAUCACAGACGAGUUUGUGCGACAGAGAUACCUGGAGUAUGUGCGGAUCCCUCACACGGAGCCGAUCGAGCAUGAGUUCCGAUGGGGUCAACGUGCCGAUAUGGAAGUGUCGAAAGCCAAAAUCCUCGAGUUCAUGGGUGAACUCCAUGAACAGGACCCUCAGAGCUGGACUCAGCAGUACAAAGAAGCCCACUCCGUCCCCAGCUCCACGCAGCCCGGCACCAGCAGCCAGCGAUAACUCUGCCAGUGUUUUUAACUUUAUUUAUUUUGGCGUCACGUUUUUCUUCCUUUGUUUCUGUGACUGUUACAAAGCUUUGACAUGAAUGAUCACACACGGUCUUCAGGUAUCCAUUCUCUUUUUAUUGCCUCGACUUCAAGGUAACGGUUAUUUGUUCAAGUUCAGAAAAUAAAGUCUAAAAACAGA